AUGAUAACGUACAGCGCCAAGCAGUUGAUGAAUCUUUGUUCGGAUUAUGCACUAGAUGCGCAAAUUCAAAAGAUUCUCUUCUCAUUAGAUUUAUGGGUGCCGAAAGCUGCUCGUGAAGUACAAAUUGAUAAUGUUGCUCAACAACAAUACGCAUCUUCGAUGUACUCUGGUUUUAAUCGUGCAAGAUCCCCAACAAGAAACGAGAAUAUCAUUGAUACAAGUAAUGUUAAUCAAAGAUUUAGCCGGACAUUUGCUUCACGAUCGAUGUCAGCUGGAGUUGUCCAUCAUUCAACGGAUCAUGGAUCCUUUUGGAAAAAUGAUUCACGAGAUUCAACUAAAACAAUGAGUACAUCCUUGACAAAGAAAUCCAGCAAUGGUACAGCAACUGACGAACCUACCUCAACAAAUCAAGCUCAAAUCAAGCUAAUGCCUAUUCUCGAAGGUGGAGAAACGGAGGAUAAGUUGUCUGAAUUACCCACUCGAUUAAACAAAGGAAUAUCCUUAACAACUACAACACUCGAUUGGACACCGAAUGAAAUGGAAUCCUCAACCAGUGUUGGUCGCUCAACGAUCGAUGCGCUUUUCGAACUAAGCGUUCGUGCUGAUUCAGCUCUCAAAACAGCGCUAUGUGAAAAUGCUGCAUUAUUAUCAGUAAAUCAGCCACAACAAAGUAGCAAUGACCGUCUUUCAUUACGUAAAAGUGUUAGUGUGAUGAAUCAAAAACAAAAAGCUGGCAGUGGUCGUUCACUUAUACGUGCCAAAUCGGAUAUGGUUGGCAGUGAUGCUAAUCGAAAACGUGCCUUAGCACAUAUUGCUCGUGCAUCUGAACGUUACUUCAGUGAUGAUCCUAGAAUGAUUGCUGAAAUUGAAGAAAUCGAACUUGAAUAUCUGUUUAAUUACAUUCGUCAUUUGAAAACGUUUCCCAAAUAUUCAACUAUGAACGAAGAUGAAAUCUUAUUGGAAGUAGAAAGUGAUCCACAUACAUUACGGCAACGAACAAAAGAAAUUCUCAAAGGAAAAAUGUCAGAUUCUUAUGCUGCCUACAUUGCCAAAUAUCCAAUAAAGAAACAACGUCGACGCGAGCAUCCGACAUCGCCAAAUAAAUAUCGUAAAUGUUCUCGACGAUGUUUCGAUGGUCAACUGCGUACAUGGCGUCGUAAUUUACAUCAAUUCGAUGAAAAUAACCAACAACAAAUGUCCGAUGCGAUCGAAUUAGAUCACGUCAACGAACCAACGUUAGUAUCUUAA